UUUUGGAGGAUUUGGUAUUGGUAUAAUUGGAGGUUAGACGGGGGUGGGUGGGUUGCUUUGUAUAUAUUGUUCUGCUAAGAGGGAUUUUAGGCAUCCCCCCACCCCUCUGAGAUUUUCCAUAAACCCACUUUUCAUUUACUCUGCAUGGCAGAUAAUUCAGAAAAGGGUGCCUCCGAGUAAGCCUUCUGGCGACACCCUAUUCCGUUUUACAAAUAGGCAGCACUGCAGAGUCAGUAACGCAGCCUAAAGUUUGGAAGGAAGGAAGGAAGCCCCCGAUGUACUCUGCAUUUAGGGUUUUUUACUCAGCAGUUAACAGUGAGGACGGCGGCUUUAAGAAUACAGCAGGGUUUUAAAGCUAUCUUCUGUUCAAAGGAUUACAAAAUUAAAUUCUUCCGUGACUUAAAGUUAAGGCGAGAGAAGAGUUUCUAGAUGGUUACUGUUUUCCGAAUAAACUAUCCAAACCAGAAAUUGGAAUUCUUAUUAAAAUGUCUUCUGAUUCAUCUUCAUCUGCCCCAGCAAAAAACACUUCUUCUGUUGCAUUUGAUAUCUACAAUAUUUGCCGUCUACUAACUAGAAGAUCACAGGGAUUUUAUACCAAAGAUGCUGGAACUGUUUAUAGGAAAAACAUGAGUCUCUUGAGGAAGCUAAUAUGCCAGGAGACAACAACAUUCAAGAAUGUUUGUACUAUACAGUCUUCAUCUCCAAUUUCUUAUCACAGUGGAAAAAUUUAUCUUAACAAUUACCGGCGUUGUGUGAGCUGCAUUACACCAGAGCCAAGAACGAUUUAUCAAAUGCCAGGAUGGCCUACCUCAGAAAAAAUAGAAGAUGCUUUAUUAUUGGAAUGCCCAGUGGGGGAAGUAUUGCCCAUGCCUUCAGACUACAAGCCUUCUUGGGCAGCUGUGACCGCUCACAACUGGCUUUUCCGCCUGUCUGCAAAUUCAGGAGAGAUACUUGAAAAGGUAUACCUCGCUUCCCACUGCAAAUUCAGGUACUUAAAUUGGGACAUGCCUCAAGAGGUCAUGGCAAUAAAGUCAACUCAGCUAAAACUCCCAGCAGCUGCACGACGGACAGGCAUCCAGCAGUCUGUACUGUACUUUCUUGCUAUAUUCAGAGUUUGGCCACUUUCAUUUGUGGGCAUGCUGGAGCUUGACAAAAAGAUCUUUGGAAAUAGCAUGGCAGAUGUUUCAGUAUCUCAUGAAAUGCUGAUUGUAACGCACAGCACAGGUCAUGUCAGAUUGUAUAGCUUCCAGGCAAUCUCUGAACGGUUCAUGGAACACCCGGUGGAUUUGGGACAGGAAUACAGCUGGAAUGGCAAAGUUGGGAUUGUGGGGAAAUACCCUUUCGGCAUUCCGUGUAACAUUAAAAUAACAGACACUCCAGAUCUUCUUUUUGAAGUCUCAUCCCUCGAGAGCGCAUUUCAAAUUGGAGGAUAUCCUUGGCAUUAUAUCAUUACACCUAACAAGAAAAGUCAAGAAGGAAUGUUCCAUGUUUGUUCUUUAAAAGAUCACACUUUGGCAAAGAAUGGCAUACAGGAUAUGAAAUGUUGUUCACUGGAACCUGACAGGAUAUCUUUCCACCCCGACAGUUCAGGAAGGAUGCUACAUGUGGGUCCAAAUUUAAUUAAAGUUCUGAAGUUGAAGGAAACUGAAAGUGCCAAGCAGCAAGAAGUCACGGAAGAUUUUAUCAUAGAAGCCAACAGGGAAAAUAAUGUGAACAACUCUGUAACAAUAACAGCAUCUGGCCGAAUAGUGAAGAAGCGUUUUAAAUUAUUGGAUGAUGAUCCUGAGCAAGAGACCUUCAAAAUUGUCGACUAUGAAGAUGAACUGAACUUGCUAUCUGUUGUGGCUGUUACUCAGAUAGGAGUUGAUGGGGCAGCUCAUCUUGAUUUCCAUUGUAAUGAGCAGGGUAUUCGGUUGAAGAGUUUUCCUUUUGUGGAGUCCUGGGAUGUGACAUACAACCAUGAAGUUCACUUUGAUAGAGAUAUAGUGCUGCACAUACAACAAACACCCCGCAGGAUGUUCAGCUGUCACGUAUACCAGAUGACCUGCAAUAGUGGAAAAGAUGACAAUAUACAGAAAGGAAAAAGAAGAGGAAGUGUUUGGUCGAAAACUGGGGGGAGAUGCUGAAUAUUUUUAGAUUUCACCUUGAUUUGGAGACUUUGCUGUAGACAGUAUCUGAAGACGUGCAAGUCUCUUUUUAUGCAAUGUAAUAGUAGUAACUGUUAUUCUUCUUUGUAUAAAUGUAAUUCUUUUUAUAACUGCUUCCCAGCCUUUGGGCUAAGAUCAAAUGUACUGUAGUAUAAAUUAUUUUAAAUAUUUAUUUUAAAAAACGCUCAAGUAGCAAAAUUGUAAAUUGCCACAGAUGUAUAUAUAUAUUUCUAAAAUAUAGCUCUUUUUUUAUUAAUAUUGCUGGGAGAAUUGUGCAGAAUGCAAAUUCAAACUACAUUUAUGCUGUCAUUAAAAAAAUUGGAAUUUAAAUCAUUCUACUCUAUGGAGCAGAGAACACUCUUCAGUUCGGUAGGGGCUUAAUCGUGGUUAUCUAUGCCCUGCUACAGCUAGACAUUGUAUAAACACUAACUGACAGGGUUGCAUUUCUUCUAACAGGCAGAGUGGAAGCUGACUUUAGUUCUUCUGUCAGCAGAUAACUGAUCACUUGCCAGUCAUAUGAAGAAGAUUGUUAAAUGAGAUUCUCUUUAGAAGUAAUACUGUGUGCAGCAGUCUACUACUAAAUGCCUAGGGGUGUGUUUACUAUUUUACAGUUAUGCAGAAAUAGAGUGCUUAAGAGUUAAGAAUAGGCAUCGGUGAUUAUUUUCUAUUUCACCUCUAUUUCUCUUUUAGAGAUCUAUUUUAUGUGCUUACUUAUUUUUACUUUUUUACAUAUCCAAGACUUAACUUUAUACUCUAUUUUUAAAUUUUUCUCUCUAUAUAAGUAUCUAUUACUUCUAUACAUCCUUCUAAUAACCGUUCUAACUAUUUAUACAUACAGUUUUCUAGAAGUCAGCCGAUAGGCUGAACCAAUGUUAGUUGUUAGUUAGUUGGUUAGUUUCUUUUUUUCUUGUAUUGUCGUUAUGUAUACAUGUUUGUAAGUAUUUUUGUCUUAUGUUUUUGUUUAAUAAAAAAAAAAAAGAGUUAAGAAUAGGCUGCUCAUUCUCCUGCUGCAUGAUUUUCCCAAUAUUUAUGUGUGUCCAUUCCCAGGUAUCCUGUUUUGGGAAUUUCCGGUUUUUAAUUUCUUUCUUUUUAAAAGAAAAAAAAUUCAUUUCUGACAGAUGUUCCUGAGAAUUAAUUGUGUUCGAUUUCCUCCCUAUUCUCAGUGUUUUAUUGAAAGAUGUUCAUUUAUGUUAGAACAUGUAAAACAUUCUCACUUAUUCAUUUUAAUAUCCUGGCAUUCUGGUGCUGAAAAUAAAUACUUCUUAAUAGUCA